AUGGGAAAGAAAAAUUUAAAUGGAAUUUGGCAAUGUAUUAGAUUAAAUGCUAUGAUUACUCAAGCAUGUGGAGAGAAUGAUGAUUUCUUACAGUUACCAGACUUUAAUGAAGGUGGAAAAGUCUUUGGAAAGAAUAUGACAUUUGAACGUAUCACAAAGAUGACUCCAGAAGAGCGAAUGAAUUUAAUUAAUGAAAAGAUUGAUAGUAUUGAAGUAGAAAAACAACAUAAGGUUAUUGAACCAAAAAAACAACGAAGUGAAGUUAAGAAAAGAAAUAUAGAAAGUAUGAAAGAAAGAGUUAAAAGAGCAUUAGAUGAAAAAGCCAUUAAAGAAGGAAAAAAACCAAAAUUUAAUACUAAAGAUACUGAUGAACAUAAAACAAAAGAGAUACAAGAAAAUAUUGAGAAACAUGAAAAUAGUAUUGAAGAAAAUAUUAAGCCUAAUGACAAUCAAUUAGUUAAUGAAAGAAGAAAACAAAUUAUUAACUUCUUUAAUUAUUAUCCUACUAAUAUCACAUUUAUUGUUAGAGCAAUGAGCAUUACUGGAACAAGAAAAGUAAUUGCAGGAGUGCCUAUUCUUGUUACUAUUAAUGGAUAUCGUUAUCCUAGAAACGAAAAUGGUGAAAUUGUCCCACAAUGGAAGAGUAAAUUAGAUGAUAUUCUUAAUAGAGAAAAAGAAGAAUUACCAGAUGAUGCUGAAGAACUUCUCAAAAGUACUAAAGAAGAUUUUGAUAAAGAAGAAGAUGAAAUUGAUCCAGAAAUUCCAGAUGUGGAAAUUGUUCAUGAACCACCAAAAGAUGUUUAUGUUCAUAACCCAUAUUGUCCUAAUACCAGAUUAGAGCGUUGGUGGUUUAUUAUUACUGAUGUAAGAAAUCAAUUUGUUCUUAAUGCUACACACGGAUAUAUUCCUAUUUCUGAAUUGCCAUUUAUCACAAAAAUUUAUCUUCCUUCUCCUAAAGAAGAAGGGUCAUAUGUUGUAUUAUUACAUAUUAUUUGUGACUCAUAUCUUCAUUGCGAAUGGGCAUAUCCAAUUAAAUUUACUGUAAUUCCUCGUCCUGUUAGAAAGAACAAUAACCCACAACAAACAAAUCAAAAUGAAGAAGAAGAAAUGAGUGAAGAAAUGAGUGACGAAGAAGAAAGUGAUGAUUAA